AUGGCUUCAAGAUCCAACAUUCUGGUCACUCCACAAAUACAGGAAUCACAAGCCAAAAUUUCCUCUCCUCUGCUACAGAAUUUCGGUUAUGUAUGGAAAGUAAAUGGAGAAUUGAGCGAGCUUUCUUGUACCCCGGAAAGAAUCAAAGACCCCCUUUGUUUCUCUGAGGAAGCACAAGCAACCGAUGCUCUGCUCAAACUAUACCUCAGAGACCUUAAAGAUGUAGUUUCUUGUGUCAUCGCAACAUUGGAUGAGUUCAUUGGUGAAGCUAAACAAAGAAAUCUAGAACAGAACAGAGGGAGAAAGCAGGUAAGAGAACAUUUCUUCUUCUCAUUAGAAAACAAGAUUUCACAUCGGAAAGAGAUUGGACCAACCAUUAAUGAAAUCAAGGAUAAGCUAGUUAAAAUUGAAAAUAAGCUUGAACGCUAUUACUUGAUGGGUUCAGGCCUUAGGAGGGAUCAAGAAUUGGAGAGGAAAGUACAGAGUGUUUCAUUCAUGAGUACUAAUUCUGGGUUCUCAAUUGAUGACUCUGGUGAGUCUGAUCUUCUUCUUGGCAGGAAGGAAGAUGCAAAUAUCAUUCUAAAGAUGUUGACUUCGAAUGAAUUUGAUCGACGGGAAGUUCCAGUCAUCACCAUUGUCGGCGAUAAAGGGAUUGGAAAGACAACUCUAGCUCAACUGGUUUAUAAUGAUCUAAGUGUAGAAAAGCAUUUUGAAAUAAGAGUAUGGGUCUCUGUUUCAAAUGCUUUUGAUGUUAUCAGUUUAACUACUGCAAUUCUAGAGUCUGUGACUCUGAAUCAUAGUAAGCUUAAGUUCAUAGAACCAUUUCAAUGUGAGCUUCAGAGAAUACUAAGAGGGAAGAGAUUUAUACUUGUUUCGGAUGAUGUAUGCAAUCGAAACCUUUUUUCUUGGAAUGCAUUGCGAGCUCCAUUCCUAUUUGCAGACAGGGAAAGUAGGAUUAUUGUAAGUACUAGGAGUGAAACAGUGGCAUCCAUGAUGAACCCAAUCCACACUCUUAAUCUCCAAGUUUUAUCAGAGGAAUACUGUUGGUUAUUGUUCAAGAAAAGGUUAUGUACUAAGGAACAUGAUAUACAUCCAGGAUUAGAAGCAAUUGGUAGGCAAAUUGUACAGAAAUGCAAAGGAUUGCCUGAGGCAGUGGAUGCUGUUGCAAAUCACCUGCAAAAUAAAGUAGAUAAGCAUGAAUGGGAAAUGAUCUUGGAAGAUGAUUGGUGGGUUCCUGAGGAAAACAAAUAA